UCGUGAUUCUAUAUCUUUAUGAUAUGUUGUGAAGUGAUUUUUUUUAUGAAUGACCCAGGGAAUUUAGGCCAUAGCGAGGAUUUGAGCCGUUGUUACACAGAAGAUCUUCUAUGCUUCUCAGAUUUCAUUCAUAAUGUUGAAACCUAAAACCAUUCUUCACCAAUGCAACUGCCAUGAAACAAAUGUAGGUUAUUUUGCACCUUGACACUCUUGAUGGAAGGACAUCAAUGUUGAUUUCUGACCUGUUUUUUUUUUACCCGGCUAAAACUUCACAUCUCUGGGGACUGAAUCAUCAAUAUGCAUGAGUCGUUUGCUCACGGGCGUCCCCGGUUUCUCCUUUAUUGAUCCUUGUCUGCGAACCCCCAGAGCUGCGAGGAUAACUGCCAAUAAACAAGAUGAGACAUCUCCUGGACCAUGUCUUCAGAUAGACUGGAGAGGAAUUAUUGUUGUGAUUUGGUGACAGACACAGGUUCAUCAUGAUGGAUGCGAGCACCAGGUUUUUCUUCACAGUCUCUACGCUGCUGCUCAUCGCGUGCGUUUACGGGUCUCCGUUCACCGAUUGUAUUCAGAGCAAAGGGAAGGCUGGCCUUUAUGAGGGAUCCAUAGACGUGACCGAAUCCGGUGUGAAAUGCAUGAACUGGAGUGAAGUGCCCGGUGUUAUAGAGCGGUAUCCGGGGAAAGGGCUUGGGGAUCACAGUUUCUGCCGAAACCCGGACGGAAGGAUUCGACCGUGGUGUUUCUUUCCAAACAGCCGUGGACGCAUUGACUGGGGGUACUGCGACUGUAAGCAAGGCUCUUUGAGACUGCAGGGAGGCAGAUCAAAGUUGGAUGGUACAGUUGAAGUUUAUCUGAAUGGUGUGUGGGGAACCAUCUGUGAAAACGGCUGGGAUGACAGAGACGCUGCUGUGGUGUGUCGACAGCUGGGAGAGGGUUUUAGGGGUCGUGCACGUGCGAGUUCUCUGUCACGUCUGGUGGUGUCUGUAGUUCACUUGCAGACUGUAGACUGUGAGGGACAGGAAGAGGACUUACUGCAAUGCAAUCGCUCAGUCUGGAAUGGAGGAGAGUGUGUUAACCGCCAGGCGGCUGCUGUCUCCUGCACGCCAGUUGAGGCUUCAGUGUUUGUCCCUGUGCGUCUCUCUGGUGGUCCAUCGGCGUAUGAGGGCAGAGUAGAGGUGCAUCAUGCAGGACAGUGGGGGACAGUGUGUGAUGACCAGUGGGAUGAUAAUGAUGCUGAAGUGGUGUGCAGGCAGCUGGGGUUAGGGGGCAUUGCUAAGGCUUGGGUGGGAGCAUAUUUUGGUGCAGGCUCAGGUCGUAUACUGUUGGACGAGGUGAGUUGCACCGGAAAUGAGCUGUCCAUUGAGCAGUGUCCAAAAACCGCCUGGGGGGAACAUAACUGUGACCACAUGGAGGACGCUGGAGUGACCUGCACCCCACUUACAGAUGGUGCAGUACGUCUGGUUGGGGGUGUAAAGGGUUUUGAGGGCAGGCUGGAGGUUCAUUAUAGAGGUCAGUGGGGGACCGUGUGUGAUGAUGGCUGGACACAGACCAACUCGCAGGUUAUCUGCAGGCAGCUGGGAUUCAGGUCAGGGCAGAGUGCGUCACCAGGGCGGUUCGGGACGGCGAUGGGUCCAAUUCUGCUGGAUGAUGUCAGGUGUACAGGAAAAGAGCCCACCCUCACACACUGCAGCCGGAAGAGCUGGCUCAAUCACGACUGCACUCACAAUCAAGACGUAGCCGUUAUGUGCAACCCCCAACGCUUCAGACACGGAGUGCCCACCAGUGUGCUUGUGAGGCUGGUGGGCGGGGAGAAUGAGAGAGAGGGUCGUGUCGAGAUCCUGGUUGGUGGCCAAUGGGGAACGGUUUGUGAUGAUGGAUGGACGGAUCGGGACGCAGAGGUGGUGUGCAGACAGUUGGGUUACAGUGGGCUGGCCAAAGCUCGUGUAAUGGCAUAUUUUGGAGAAGGCGUGGGGCCUAUCCACGUUGAUAAUGUAAAGUGCACCGGUGGAGAAAGCUCCCUUGCUGACUGUAUCAAACAGCCUCUUGGAACACACAACUGCCGUCAUAGCGAAGAUGCCGGAGUUAUUUGUAACUAUGGGUUACAGGAGGAAGCCCCUGGGGUCAAAGAGUCAGUGAGCUCCAUGUGUGGUCUAAGGCCCUCUCAUACCCGUCAGAAAAGAAUAAUAGGAGGGGAGAACUCUCUACGCGGUGGCUGGCCGUGGCAGGCAGCAGUGCGCUUGCGGGGAUCUCAGGCCGUUGGACGCUUGGUAUGUGGAGCCACUUUGAUCAACAGCUGCUGGGUCCUCACCUCUGCUCACUGCUUUAAGAGGUAUGGUAACAGCACUGGGCUGUAUAAAGUUCGUGUGGGUGAUUAUCACUCUCUGGUUCCUGAGGAGUAUGAGGAAGAGUAUGCUGUGGAGAAGAUCAUCCUUCACUCACGCUACCACUCUGACAGCAAUGACUAUGACCUGGCACUGGUGCGUUUGUCUGGCCACAGAGCUCACAGGGGUCUCAUAGGCGAGUGCAUCAGGCUGAGUCGUUUUGUCCUGCCCGCCUGCCUGCCAGUUCGGAAAGAGAGAGUGCCAAAAGGCAUUGCCAACUGCUUCAUUACGGGCUGGGGGGACACGGGUCGUGCAUAUUCAAAAACUCUCCAGCAGGCCUCCAUUUCUGUGUUGAGCAAGCGUCAGUGUGAGCAACGCUAUUCUAACCAGUUCACCAGUCGAAUGCUGUGCGCUGGCUCCUCCUACGAUGACCACCGUGUGGACAGUUGCCGUGGAGAUAGCGGUGGUCCAUUGGUGUGUGAGAGGGAAAGUGGAAAUUGGGUUGUAUAUGGGGUAACAUCUUGGGGUCAUGCGUGUCGACUGCAAGACGCACCUGGCGUGUACACCAAAGUGUCCACCUUCGUGCCCUGGAUUAGGAAGGUUACUGGUCAAUAGGAUUGGAUGAAAACGGCAGUCAACCAAUAAAAGACAUUGUGGCUAUGCGGACAGAGAAAUGAAGCACAUUUUUAAGUAAGAGCUACAUUAAACAUGUUUCAGAUAAUAGUUUAAAACACUAGCACACUGUCAAUACAAGAGUUUAAAGUAACUUUGGUAUUCCAAAUAUGUCUUAAAUGUCUAUGGGAAAGGCAACUUAUUGCAUUAUGUAUAAAGUUGUACCUGGCAUAAAUAUAGUCAUCACAUUAUAUUUUUGCACUGAAUUUAUGUAACAGUUGUAACGGACCAUUAUCAAAGUAAUGCGUCCAGCAGUCUUAAUUUGGUUUAAUUUUGGGUCUUCAUUCUUUUACUUAGAUUUUUAUUUUACUCUUGUACUUUUUCUUUAUUUGGUGUCAAAAUUGAAGCACUUCUAGGUUGAAGAGACCACAAUUAUUAGUGUGGAAUUACUGAAGGUUGUAAUGAAAGUGUGACUAUUUGACUUUAUACUUCAUGCCAUUACGAGAGCGAAUGGGAUGAGUAAUGUUCCUAUUUCAUGUACUGUAUAGAGCUUUGAAGAACAUUCUGAUGGCUUGAAAUUACAUCAUACUUUAAUGCUGAAGUGGGAAAAUUCUGGAAUUCUUGCCAAGAAUUCAAUUGAAAUGACAUACUCCUAGGAUGUGGUUACCAUGGCAUUGCUAAGAAAUCAACCACAUCACCUCAACACAUUAGGUGACAUCAUUACUUCUACACAUGUACAAUGACAUCAUUUGUUAUAGAUUUGUUAUAGAUGUUACAGAUGUUCGUGAUGAUAAUCAGACUGGGGCUUGCCACAUCUUAACGUGAGGACAAAGAGGAUAUCACAUACCAUUCGAAAGUUUGGACACACCUAGACAUUCUUUAUUAUAUCUGUUUUCCACAUUUUAGAAUAAUUGUAAAGCCAUCACAUCUACUGUAUACACUCAUACAAAUGGAAAUAUGGGAAUAAUAUAGUGGCCAACAAUGUUAAAUCAAAUAGUUUCGUUUUUUUAAGCCACCCUUUGCACGAAUACAGUUGUACUGAAUGAGUUCUCAUGUGUGCUAUGCAUUUGUUGGGUGCUUUUCCUUGACUAUCUGUUUCAAAAAAUGAAGUUAAAGUUCGUACAUAAGCACAAUUGUUAUUUGUCUACAAAACAAAUUUCAAGCAUUUAAGCAUACGCCUUUGAAUCAAAAUGGUUUUAAUAUCAUAUAUUCAAACAUGUAUAUUAAGUCAAGUGUGUCCAAACUUUUGACUGCAAGCAUAUUUGCCUAACAUUUUACAGUUCGCAGUGCCACACUCUUACAGAAGCCAGUGAACAGGGAAAUAUGGGAAUUAUGUGCAAUGCAAAAAAUUAUUUACAAAUGUUUAUACCCCCUUGUUUAGAUCAGGAGGAGCAUAUCUUGCCUUAUCCAGUAAGGAUUGAAAUUAGACAGUCUGUUUAUGUGUCAAUUUUUGGUUGUACGGAAACAUUGCUAUUACUUUGCUGGGCUAAUGCUAUAAUUAAUGAUCACAAGCAUGUUUUCUAUUUGAUAUUAUGGUUAUAGUAUACCUUCAUGAACAUGAUUAUAAAAGUAGUCUUUAGACUGCAUUAUCGACCGCUUUUUGAACACAUCUUUGGACAAAAAUUUGACUUAUCAAAAGCCUUGUUAUUUUGCAUAUUGUUAAAAAAACGGUAAAUUUACAGUAAAUAACCAGCAGCUGUGGUUGCCAGAGAUUUACCAUGAAAAAUACGGUAACGAUGUUUUGGGCUUUACGGGAUCUAAUUUUGAUGCAUGUAUAUUUUACUGUUUAUAUUAUUAAAUGAUAAACUUGAUGCAUUAACCUUCUGAAACUGUAGAAAUCUGGUUUCACUUUAUAAGGUAUUGUUAAUCACCGUAGUAAUUACAGAAGGGCACAUAAUGACAGGAAGUUCAUCAAUAGUGGCUCUUUCAGGAGCAAUGACUAAUAAACAUGUAGUUUAUUGCUCUGUGCUAAGUGCCACUCACUCAAACAAUAAACACCAUCAGGGUCACACAUGUGAAAUUAAAAUAAUGCAAUAAACAUUAAAUAAACUAUAUAAAAUAUAACACAGAAUACCACAAUGUACAUAACUGAUAUUAAAAAUAAAAAGAAACAUAGCUAUUCUCAUACAAUAUAAUGAAAUGUAAUGGGUUACGCAGGGAAUUCUGGUAAUGCCCGAUUAUUUUUUUUUUACUGUAAUUUUAACAAUAAUAUACCAUAAAAAUGUGUAAAAUAAGUACAUAUAAAAACAUGUACUCUCUUGUUAAACAUAAUUAAAAUUUUUACAGUUAAUUAUACAGGAAAAUCCUACUUUUUACAUAUAAAAAAUGUAAGUUGUUUUUACAGCGUUUUACCAUAAAAUUACAUGUAUUUUCUUUUUUUUUUAAAUAUAUAUUACAACUUUUUACCGUAUAUAUCAAUUAACUUUUUUUAACUGGAGCAUUUUUACGAUCUUUUACCGUUAAAAUUAUGGAAAUUUUUUACAGUGCACAAUCAAAGGUGAUGCAGUUUAACUGCACUGCAGGCUUUUGUAAAUUAAGUGUUUUUCUAAUACAUCAAUCAGUCAUGUUCUAAUCUCCCAUUAAUCAGCUAUACAAUGAAAAUGAUAAAGCAAAUAGUUAUUUGUUCACACAAGGAUCGAUAAAUUUAGUUUUGUUCUGUUUCUGUUUUGGGUUGUGUUUGUAUUGACUUAUGUAUGUUUAAAUAUUUCUUGGUAUGGUGGUACUGUAUGGUGCUGUUUACUAUUAAAUGAGUUUGUCAAGUCCUGUGACAUGUGAGGCACUAUUCAUGAGGACUGGUGUCAUUAGCAGCAAAACAAACCAACAAAAAUGGAAACUUUUUGGAAAAAAUAUACAAAUGUCUUAUAACCUCAGUUUGAAGCAUUAAAUGUGUUUAUUGGUUUAAACAUUUUUCAUUUGUAUUGUUCAAGAACAGGGCACUAUUUUAAAAAGAAAUGUCAUGUGUGUCAAAUUUGUUGAUCACGGGGCUAACAAGCUCCCAUGGAAUGAGAAGAAAGGAAGUACAACUAUGAAAGAAAGAAAACAUGUUAAACUAAAGGAGAGUUUAGCCUAUGUUAAACUUGGACAUAUAAGCCUAUGUUAAAAUCAAUGUCUGAAUGUGCAGCAUGUGUUUGUGUUUGGUUUGCACAUCAAUCCAUCCAUCCAUCCAUCCAUCCAUCCAUCCAUCCAUCCAUCCAUCCAUCCAACCAUCUUUGUUUUUUUAAGAUGUUUCUAACAUGGAAUGAAGAUUUAGUACUUAUGAAAGUACUACACAUAUAAUAUAUACAGGAAACAGGAAAUCUGAACUUUGCCAACUUUUCUUUAAGUCUAGCUUGCUUUGUGGUUUGUAGAAUUGGAACCAUAUUUAUAGUGUAAGUUUAGACUCAAAUAGGGAGUGGGGGAAUGGAAUAAGAGGAUUUUGAAUGCAGAACAAUAAUUGGCAACUUUCUGUAAUAUUCUUCUUUGUCCAGUAACAUUGCUGUCAGCACCAAUGCGUGAAAGAAAAAAACAAUCCUGCCAAGGCACUGAGAACGUUUAAGAGAAAAGCAUCAGUGUUACAGCGCCACCUUGUGGAUGCUGUCAGAUAGAAUAAUCUGCUUUAUGGCCUCAAGAGACCAACGGUUCAAUUUCUCAAACUGCCUACGCGACAUGACUUUGGAAAUAUAUACAUAAAAUAAAUAACUAACCAUAAUGCAAGUUUUAUUCAUUAAAAAUGUCAGAAUGUUUUAAUUUCUGAUUAUUCUCGGGCUCUCGGACGUUCUCUACGCGCAGGCGCGGACCCAAGUUCGCGCCACAACUGUAGCCCAUGCGCAAAAGAGAAAGAGAAAAAAACAGAGAAGUCAUUUUAGUUUUUUGAGCAGAAAUACUAGAUUUAUCGACAGUAUAACCAGUUUGACAGAUAAGUUACAGAUGUUUCUACACAGAUAGUUUUAGGAUUG